CAAAGAACUCGACAAUCAAACUAAACUAACGUAACCCAACACUUCCAAGCAAAAAUCCUCAAUUAUUCAUUUUUCUGUGUCUGUCCCUUUAAAAUGCUGUCCAAAUUACACCACGCAGUUACUGAUAAGGCUGCAAGCAUAGUCUCAUCGUUAGCCAGAACUAACCCCUUAUUUGCAGUGUGCUUCUCCAACAUGGCCCCGUCUUCUAAAGUUCAAGAUUUGUAUGAGCUUUGUAAUAACGCUUUUACACCUUCUGGAAUCCCUUCUCAAUCUUCACCUGCUCUCAACAAGCUCUGCUCUCUUCUGGACACAAUUCAACCUGCAGACAUAGGGCUCAAAGAGGAAAGUCCAGACGAUGAUCGAGGGCAUGGGUUUUUCGGAAUGAAUAGGUUGAGUAGGGUGGCUAGAUGGUCUCAACCAAUUACAUACAUAGACAUUUAUGAAUGUGACAGUUUUACGAUGUGUAUAUUCUGUUUUCCUACUUCUUCAGUUAUUCCACUCCAUGACCAUCCUGGAAUGACUGUUUUCAGCAAACUUCUUUACGGAUCCUUGCACGUGAAAGCUUAUGAUUGGGUUGAGCCUGCCAGUAUCCAUAACAACAAAGGAUCCGGUUAUCCACCAGUAAAGUUAGCCAAGUUAACUGUUGAUAAAGUUCUGACGGCUCCGUGUGCGACAUCAGUCUUAUACCCAAAACAAGGGGGGAAUGUCCAUUGUUUCACUGCAGUUACGCCUUGUGCUGUGCUCGACAUUCUUACACCUCCUUAUAGGGAAUAUGCAGGCAGGAAAUGUACUUACUACCACGAUUACCCUUUUUCUUCUUUCUCUACAGAAACUGGAACCGAGAUCGGUGAUGGAAAAGAAGAGGAGUAUGCUUGGCUAGCGGAGAUAGAUACACCGGAGUCUCUUUACAUGCGUCCAGGAGUAUAUGCCGGUCCGGCUAUCAAUAUUUAGUUUUUACUAUUUAUCAGUAGGAUCCAAGCUUCUAAUCUCAUUUGGUUCAAGCAUCAUAAAAGUAAUUUCAAACAUCACAGAAGUAUGCCUGCGCAAGCUUUACUUCUUUUGGCUACAAUUUACAUAUUCAGUUUCGACUACAUCAACAAAUACUUUUCUGAGUUGUGAUCAUGAAGUUGUACAAAUUUUCCUACAAAGCUUUUAGUUAGUUGUUUGCCUUCAACAACUCAAAACAUGUAUAUGAACUGUAUUUUGCUUCAUGGAUUGAUCCCAUCUAGUGACUGCUUUGCACCUUUUGUGCUAUUACAACAA